AAACUUUUUUUUUUUAAAUGAAAUAUUUGUUUACUUACAUCUGGCAUUAUCGCCGCUGCCCAUCCUGUUUGACAACAAAAAAUUUUAGCGUGUGGUGUAGCUGUCAUCUGCAAUUCAGGCUUGCUAUGGUUUUGGAUAAAGUUAUUCCAAUGUAUCGUUUUAAAUUGUGAGUUAUGGAGCAUGGGGGCUUGCCUAAGCCUUGACGAAGAAGAACGACGGGCUCAAUUGCGGAGUGAAGAAAUUGAUAGACAACUCGCUGAACUUGCUAAACAGGAGAGAAAUGUCAUCAAAAUCUUACUUUUGGGUGCGGGAGAGAGUGGAAAAAGUACUCUUGUGAAACAAAUGAAAAUAAUUCAUAGUGACGGCUUCACCACUGAUGAGUUGAAGAGCUUUAAGCCUACAGUCCUUGAUAAUAUACUAAGUUCCAUGAAGUAUGUGCUUACGGGAAUGGGAAUUCUUCGUAUAAAUUUGGAAAAUGCUAAAAAUAAAGCCCAUGCUCAAACUAUUCUUUCCUGCCAAUGUUGUUUUGAUGACAAAUACAUUAUGCUUCCUUUUAUUUGCAAUGCAUUGAAAAAUUUAUGGAAUGAUAAAGGAGUUAGGCUAGCUGUAGCAAGAGGUUAUGAAUAUGAACUCAAUGAUUCAGCUUUAUAUUUAUUUGAAAGCAUGGAUCGCAUCUGCUCAGAAAAAUAUGUGCCAACUGCUACUGAUGUACUUAGAGCACGUGUUCGUACUACAGGAAUCAUAGAAACUCAUUUUAAAAUUAAUGAUUUUGUGAUAAGAAUGUUUGACGUUGGUGGUCAGAGAUCUGAACGUCGUAAAUGGAUUCAGUGUUUUGACGAUGUAGGUGCUUUGCUGUUUGUUGUAGCAUUGAGUGGCUAUGAUAUGGUUUUACAAGAAGAUAACUCAAUUAAUCGUUUACAAGAAAGCUUGCAGUUAUUUUCAUCAAUAUGCAACAAUCGAUUUUUCAUCAACACAUCCAUGAUUUUAUUUCUGAAUAAGUUAGACUUGUUUCGUGAAAAAAUAUUAUACUCUGGAAGACAUCUUCGCUAUUAUAUGGCUGAUUAUGAUGGUCCUGAUUAUGAUGUUGAUAGUGGGGCCUUAUUUGCGCAACAUAAAUUUCAAGCUCAGAAUAAACAUACAGGCAAGGUGAUUUACCCUCAUUUCACUACAGCUACAGACACCAGCAAUGUUCAAGUUGUUUUUCAAGUUGUGAUGGACACUAUUGUGCGAGAAAAUUUAAAAACUGCCACAUUGUUAUAAGAUAGAGUUGACUCUUCUUCAAGUGCCAUUCUUAUUUGUAUAUUAUUCCAUUGUCGUUUUAUUGUUAAGAACAGAUUGUAUAUUUUGCAUAGAAUUGUUUGAUGUUGUAUUUUAAGUAUUUUGAUGAAGCAUUUAAUAUGUUGACUUAAUAAAAAAUGUUUUAUUUAA